AUGAGUGAUCACCUCUCCGUCCAGAACAUUGACGACGCUGAACUUCCGGGCUCUCUUCAGCGGCUCGACGAUACUCAAUUGAGCCGCACACUUCAAGGCCUUGAUGGCAGUCAGAUUCCUCGUGUCUUGCUUGCCACCAAGAGCAUGAAUGACGAACAGGGUCAGCGCAUCCUCCAGCGGCUUGACCCCUCAAAGGAUACCCGAAUCCAGACCUUUGGGGGAGUCAUGUUCUGGGGUACGAAUAUCCAGUCGAGCCCCGGACAGCCGGACCAUCCUACGUUCUGUGACAAGUUGCCUCACAAGAGAAGUACUGGAGAAUUCGCUUGUGACUGCGGCUGGCAUGACUCUGGUAAGGCGGUGGCCGACAUCAUCUUGAGUUACUACACCCUGAUGAAACAGGACGGUGUCCUCCGGUUGCAUGUUGAGGGUGCACCGAAUGAGUAUAUGUGUCGCGCAUGCGUCCACGACAGGCCGGGGCGUUUCAACACCUAUGAUUUGAAUGACUUUGAUGAUCAUAUGACCAAGAAACAUAUUGUCGGGACAAGCGAUCCUGAUGAUUCUAUCAGACGUUCGUACAAGAAGUAUUUGGGACCGCGUGCAGGCUAUAGCUUUGAACCUUGA